AUGAUCACCCUACUGGCCCCGGGCUACGAGCUCCAGCCCGUCACCGAGGACGACAUCGCCCUGGCCAGCCUGGCCUGGGGCUUCACUCUCGGCUUUGGCUUCCUCACCGUCUGGACUGCCAUCAAGCAGACCCGCCAUGUCUCCAAGAAGCACGGUGCCAGCAGGCUCAACACGCCCUACAUCUGGAUGAUCUGGGGCGAGAUUGCCGUGUGCCUUUCCUUCAGCAUCAUCUGCUGGCUGCAUCUGCGCGGCGACAUCCCCCCCAGCUUUGCCUUCUACUUCUGCAUCCUCACCACCUGGGCGCUGCAGGUCCAGUUCCUGCUGCAGAUUAUCAUCAACAGAGUAUCCGUGCUUCUUGUCAACCGGAAGAAAGGCCUCCACAUCAAGAUCGGUGUUGCCAUUCUCAUUACUGCCAUCAACAUUUCCGUCUACUGCAUCUGGAUCCCUGCCCGCCUCCAGGUCUCCGAAGCUUACAUCCACCUCAACGACAUCUGGGACCGCUGCGAGAAGGUCAUCUAUCUGAUCGUCGAUGCUUCGCUCAACUGGUAUUUCAUCUACAUCGUGCAGAAGAACCUGGUGCGCCAGGGCUUGAAGAAAUACGAAUCUUUGGUCAAGUUCAACAUCUACAUUAUCGGCUUCUCGCUCAGCAUGGAUAUCCUCAUCAUCAGCAUGAUGUCAUUGAAGAACUCGUUCGUCUACAUGCAAUUCCACCCUCUCGCAUACAUCGUCAAGCUCAAGAUUGAGAUGUCCAUGGCCGACUUGAUCGCCACCGUCUCCAGCUCAUCCUCCAACACCGGAGGCUUCGACACCAACCGCCGCUUCAGUAACCGGACUCGCUCGGGUUCUGCUUCCAAGCAAGCCGCAAUCCAGGCUGCCUUCGCCGGCCGCACCGGCUCAGUCACCAGCUCCGACGCCGAGGCAAUGGACAAGAAGCACCACGACUGCGGUGACGACGAAGUCGAACUUAAGAAUAUCAUGCGGAGCGGCGGCGUGGGCAUGCCCACCCCGAAGAACUUGCACAGCACAACCGGCAUCGACCACUCCUAUCAGCAGAGAGAGGGUCCUUUGAUCGUGCACCAACAGCAAGAGAUUUCGGUAGAGGUUGAGAGCGUGUCGUGCAGCGUGUCAGGUGCCCCGAGCCUGGGCGGCGAUGACAGCGAUACCCGACCCCUGCGUACCAUGAGCGCGAACAUGCCCGGAGUGAAGCCGAAGAGCGGCUUCGGUAUGCACACUAAGGUGUGGGGUGGCGGGAACCGCGAGGAAUGA